AAAUCACAGGUACUCAUAAUUUUUAAUACUUGAGUUAAAAAGUUAAAAUGGUUUUUUCAAAACAUAAUUUUAUGAUCAAGAUUGUGAUAGUAUUUGCUAUUUUCUACUGCAAUGGCCUUGCAGUUUCAGCGGAAAUACCAAAUUGUAUGGAUUCAUUGAAAAAAGAUGGAUUCGAUAAACGGACUGGCUUUCAAAAUCUUGCAUUCAAAGUUGCUGGAUUAAACAUAAAAGACGAACAUACCGAUUUUAAUGUAACUGAAGCUACCAUAGAUCUCAUUAAAGACAAAAUUACUGAUUUUUAUAAGAACGAUUUACAAUUGAGUAGUUAUGGAAUUAGCUAUUUGAAUGAUCUUGUAUCACUUGUUAAAAGACCCGGACGUAUGCUACCACCAGAAACUUUUUGUGAGAUUCAAGAGUGUUACUUUUUGUUUGCGCAUCCAUCAAGAAAACUGAGUAAUGAAUAUGAUAAAUAUAUCCAUGAUGCAUCACUUGCACUAGGCAAAAGUAACAAAGACACACAUGGUUGUACUAUUAAAGUCUGUCACGAAACGGUAAUGACACCGAUGACUCUACCUAUUAUUUCUUCAAAGACCAAUCAAAAUUCAAUCCAUAAGAUGUUUAAAUGGAUAUAUAAACGUGGUGAGAAAAAAAAAGAAGAAAAAAGUUAUACAAUUGAGCCUACAGGAUUUUCGGCGAUGUACCAUAAUAGUUUUAAGUUUGUAAAUGCGUUUUUUAGACGGGACCCAUUAACGUGGUGUGUGAUUCAAGCUUGUUACACUUCACUACUAAAAUUUGGUUUCAAUGAUGUUGAAGCUAAACUAAAUAGAGAAGUUAUAUGGUAUAAACCCCAUAUGAUACCAGAUAUUUAUUCAUACGCAGAUACAUUUUUUGAAUUUAUCAAUUCACCGGAAAAAAAGGCUGGACCAAUUUACGCUGGCUCCAAUGUACCAUUCAUUAAUAAUCAGUUGUAUGAAUAUCCAAUAAAUUGGUGUUCGGUUGAAGUCUGCCUAAGUAAUAUCAUUCACGCAUUAAAAACAUAUUUUUUUAUUAAUUAUAUUCAAAUGGGUUCCAUAAUGAUUAUUAUAAUUAUUAGUUUAAGCGGUAUAGUGGUCCUAUAUAUUUCAUAUUUUGAUCUACGAAAGUAAAUUAUCUUACAGUAAUGUGUGUGAUUUAUAAUUUUAUUGGUUUUCUAAACUUUGCCAAAACUAUUAUAAGAUAAAAAGAUAACUAAAAAUGUAAAAAUUGAUUACAUUUUACCUCCAUCAGAUAGACGGACACAAUAAACGUACAGUUAACUUCAUACACGUAUACAUAAUAACGAAUGGAUUUGUGUUGCUGUGUUUUGGACAUUUUUUUUCGAGUUUGUUUACCUAUAAGUUAUAUUAAUUUUGAUGUGAGUUUUUUUUACAUGUGAUUUGAAAUAACAAAAGCCAAUACCCAAACUAGUGGAAAUAAUUACAUAAUACUUUGUAUAUUAUCGCAUUUUGGAGAUUUGGACCAAUAAAAUAUUUAGUAGAUCAAAAUAUAUUGAGCCACUACCGUCGUCUAAUCUAAAAUGUUGAUAAAAUGUUUGCUUACUUUAUUUUUUUGUUAAAAAUACUUGCUACUUAUAUAGUAUUAUUUGUAAUAACUGUUUGUUUUUUUUUGGGGGG